AUGUCGAGAUUCAGGAUCCCACUUGCUUCGGCGAGUCGCUUGAACUCACUCGGCGGCGUCUCCCAAACUCGUCCCUUAUAUUGGGACUCUACUCGGGUGAAUUCGGUGCAGCGGUACCAGGAUAUAUCCGAGACUCUGAGCUUUAUCACCCUAGAACUGGAAAAGUGGCAACAACAAACGUCGGACUUUCUUCGCGGGAUUACGGUCUACCUCUUCACAGACGUACGUCGUGAGUGGGGGAACGCUCUUUUUCAAGCCAUCGAUGAAAGAUUCCGGGUACGGAAAACCUGGGACUCUCAAGCUCGAACAUUGAGUCUCAAAAUGCCGACCCAAGGACACGACAUCGCUCAAAAAUGGGUCAUCAAUUCCGUCGUGGAUUGGAAGGACGAUGGAAUCAUUAGCAAGGAAGAAUGGAGAGGUCUGAAAAUCGGCUUUGGGACUACUUUGAAGCUACCCAUGUCUCCAUUCCCGAAAUUUCAAAAGGAGCCUGAUAUCUACAUUCGGCCGUACGACUCUGAUUCAGAAUUCCUUCCCCCAAUUGCUUUCGAAAUUGGAUGGUCAGAAAAUGCCUCGAGGCUUAAGGACGAUGUCCGCAUUCUCCUUGAAGGAGGAGGCGGCCAUAUCCGGGUCGUGAUUGUGAUCGACUGGUAUUUACAGAAGGAUGGUCUUACUGUUACUGGCAAAGUGGAUCUUUGGAGGCGAGGCUUAGAUGGCCAUCCUAUUCACGAGCAGUCCGAGGAUAUUUACCCUGUUCCAAGGCUGCUUCGAGGCCAAGGCCAACGUCUCGGAGUCACACUUGACGACAUAUUCUUGACCACCCUACGAGCCAAUCAAGACCCAAAAACUAUUGUAUACUUCGAUAUCGGGCAAUUGCGUGAGGAAGCCGACAAGGCUAGAUGGUUUGAAACAACGUCAAGACUCAAGGACGAUGUCCGGAUUCUGCUUGAAGGAGGCGGCCGUCAUAUUCGGAUCGGGAUUAUCAUUAACUGGUAUCUCUAG